UCGGCUGUUAAAGCCGGCUCGUUCGUGAACUACACAACACUAUCUGACAUUACGCCUGACUGGUACUUUUUAUAAGUGUGUGACAGCCACCUGAGUUCAAAUGCACAGCACACUGCCGCGGGUGAAUGAGCAGCUUCUUCUCUCCAGCACUCAAGGGUGGAAAGUGUCUGUACACUGGCCUGAAGUGAGUUCAGCAGGUUGGACUGGUUUUGAUGUCACUCCUGACUCAGUUCAAAUGCAGAAUGCCGCAGGUGAAUGAACAGCUUCUUCUCUCCAAGUGUUUCUUUGACACAUGAGGGUGGAAAGUGUCUGUGGACAUUGACCUGAAGUGAGUUCAGCAGCAGGUGUGGACUCUGUGAUGAAUCAGUGUGAGGACAGUAAAACUGCUCUGUGUGGAGAAUAUAACAACCAGAUCAAAGCUCACAGGAUGCAGAAGCUGAGCCCAGACUCUCCUGUACCCAGUUGUGUGUCCAUGAAGAGUGACUGGUCUAUGGGUCGUUUUGUUGAGUUUAAAGUUGGACAACCUAUUGAUAGAAGAGUUCAGCAGGAGGGCUUGGAGAUUCCCAUUGAUCAGUCUGUCCAGCAGCAUCAAACAAAACUGCACUCCAUAUUUAUGCUGCUGGAGGAGGACAUCAUUGCUUUUUCAAAGACUGAGCUGAAGAGAAUCCGAAGGGUUCUGAGUCCAGAUUACCCAUUAGACCUGUGUGAGGAUGAGGAGGUGUUAGACAGUAAAGAUGAAGAGCAGAGGAGAAGCAACAGAGAGGCAUUUCUGAUGAUCACACAGCACUUCCUGAAGAGAAUGAUGCAAGAGGAACUGGCAGACUGUCUGCAGAGCAGAACUCAUAGUGCAGUGUGCCAACAUAAACUUAAAUCUAACCUGAAGGAGAAGUUCCAGUGUGUGUUUGAGGGAAUUGCUAAAGCAGGAAACCCAACCCUUCUGAAUCAGAUCUACACAGAGCUCUACAUCAUAGAGGGAGGGAGUGGAGAGGUCAACAAUGAACAUGAGAUCAGACAGAUUGAAACAGCACUCAAGAAAAAAGACAGACCAGAAACAACAAUCAGAUGUGAAAACAUCUUUAAAAUCUCACCUGGAAGAGAUGAACCAAUCAGAACAGUGAUGACAAAGGGAGUGGCUGGCAUUGGGAAAACAGUCUUAACACAGAAAUUCACUCUAGACUGGGCUGAAGGCAAAGCCAACCAGGACAUAAAGUUCAUGUUUCCAUUCACCUUCAGAGAACUGAAUGUGCUGAAAGAGAAAAGGUACAGCUUGGUGCAACUUGUUCAUCACUUCUUUACCGAAACCAAAGAAGCAGGAAUCUGCAGCUUUGAAGAGUUCCAGGUUGCGUUCAUCUUUGACGGUCUGGACGAGUGUCGACUUCCUCUGGACUUCUGCAACAAUGAGAUCCUGACUGACGUUACAGAGUCCACCUCAGUGGAUGUGCUGCUGACGAACCUUAUUAGAGGGAAACUGCUUCCCUCUGCUCGCCUCUGGAUAACUACACGACCUGCAGCGGCCAAUCAGAUUCCUCCUGACUGUAUUGACAUGGUGACAGAAGUCAGAGGCUUCACUGACCAACAGAAGGAGGAGUAUUUCAGGAAGAGAUUCAGAGAUAGGGAGCAGGCCAGCAGAAUCAUCUCUAGCAUCAAGACAUCACGAAGCCUCCACAUCAUGUGCCAUAUCCCAGUCUUCUGUUGGAUCGCUGCGACAGUUCUGGAGGAUGUUUUUAAAAUCAGAGAGAGAGCAAAGCUGCCCAAGACUCUGACCGAGAUGUACAUCCACUUCCUGGUGGUUCAGACCAAACUGAAGAACAUCAAGUAUGAUGGAGGAGCUGAGACAGAUCCACACUGGGAUCCAGAGAGCAGGAAGAUGAUUGCGUCUCUGGGAAAAUUGGCCUUUGAGCAGCUGCAGAAAGGCAAACUGAUCUUCUAUGAAUCAGACCUGACAGAGUGUGGCAUUGAUAUCAAAGCAGCCUCGGUGUACUCAGGAGUGUUCACACAGAUCUUUAAAAAGGAGACAGGGCUGUACCAGGAUAAGGUGUUCUGCUUUGUCCAUCUGAGCGUUCAGGAGUUCCUUGCUGCUCUUCAUGCCCAUCUGACAUUCAUUAACUUUGGUGUCAAUCUGCUGUCACAAGAACAAUCAACAUCCUUGUGCCCUGCAGUGUUAGGAUGCAAAGCAACACGUUUCUAUCAGAGUGCUGUGGACAAGGCCUUACAGAGUCCAAAUGGACACCUGGACUUGUUCCUCCGCUUCCUCCUGGGUCUGUCACUGUCAACCAAUCAGAAACACUUACGAGGCUUGCUGAAAGUGGCCAAAAGGAGCUCACAGACCAAUGCGGUAACCACUGAGUACAUCAAAAAGAAGAUAAUGGAGAAUUUCUCUGCAGAGAAAAGUAUCAAUCUGUUCCACUGUCUGGAUGAACUCAACAACCGUUCUCUAGUGGAGGAGAUCCAACAGUCCCUGAGAUCAGGAAGUCUCUCAACAGAUAAGUUGUCUCCUUCUCAGUGGUCAGCUCUGGUCUUCAUCUUACUGUCAGAAAAAUAUCUGGAUGUGUUCGACCUGAAGAAAUACUCUGCUUCAGAGGAGGCUCUUCUGAGGCUGCUGCCAGUGAUCAAAGCCUCCAACAAAGCCCUGUUGAGCAGCUGUAAACUGUCAGAGAAAAGCUGUGAAGCUCUGGCCUCACUUCUCAGCUCCCAGUCCUCUAGUCUGAGAGUGCUGGACCUGAGUGACAACAACCUGCAGGAUUCAGGAGUGAAGCUGCUGUCAGCUGGACUGGAGAGUCGACAGUGCAGAUUGGAAAUUCUCAGUCUGUCAGGCUGUAUGAUCACAGAGGAAAGCUGUGUUUCUCUGGCCUCAGCUCUGAGCUCCAAUCCCUCCCACCUGAAAGAACUGGACCUGAGCUACAAUCAUCCAGGAGAUGCAGGAGUGAGGCUGCUGUCUGCUGGACUGGAUGAUCCCCAUUGGAGACUGGACACUCUCAGGGUGGACCCUGGUGGACUGCAGAGACUGAGACCUGGCGUGAGAAAGUAUGCCUGUGAACUGGAACUGGACACAAACACAGUAAACGGAAACCUCAAACUCUCUGACAGCAACAUGAAGGUGACAAAUCUGAAAGGGAAUCAGUCAUAUCCUGAUCAUCCAGACAGAUUUGACCACUGGCCUCAGCUGCUGUGUAGAAAUGGUCUGACUGGUCGAUGUUACUGGGAGGUUGAGUGGAGAGGAGGGGUUUCUGUAUCAGUGACUUACAGAGGAAUCAGAAGGAGAGGAAACAGUGUUGACUGUGUUUUUGGAGGGAAUGGUCAUUCCUGGAGUCUGUACUGCUCUGGUGAUGGUGACUUUGUCUGUCACAAUAACAAAAGAAUUCCCAUCUCCUCCUCUCCUUUCUCUGUCUCUUAUAGAGUAGCAGUGUAUGUGAACUAUCCUGCUGGCACUGUGUCCUUCUACAGAGUCUCCUCAGACACACUCAUCCACCUUCAUACCUUCAACAGCACAUUCACUGAACCUCUUUAUCCAGGGUUUACAGUCUGGUCACCUGGUUCAUCAGUUUCUCUGUGUUCUCUGGUCUGAGAGUCUCUCCAGUGUACAGAAACACUGCUGACUGAAGAUCAGCUCCUGAGCUUCCAUCACACACAUUAAUGUUUAAAUGGGAUCUAUUAUGCUUAUUCAUAUUUUGUGUCAUACAUCGUUACAAUGAAGGAUGUUCAUAUCAAAUGUGGUCAAAGUUUAAAAUAAUGAGGCAGCAUUUGUUAAAGUAAUCCCUGUGAGCCAAAACCUCAGGCUUCAGACCGUUUUAUAUACAGUACUCCGUUUCCAACUGCUUUUCUUUUACUAAGGCUAGAGUAUAACAUCAUAGGCUAUGCCUGGUUCACACUACACCACAUUUCUGUCCGUCCGGGAGAAGUAGUGAACGAUAAAAAGAAAACAAGCUAGACUUUCUGUCAGAAUGUCGAGAGGUGUCUCACUCGUGGCGUCGGUUGUCGUCUAUUAUGACACACUACAGGAGAUGAAACGAUGGAUUAUCGUGUGCAACACUCAUUGUCGUUCACAAUCCGACACCGUAUGUUCCUACGUCUUUCUAUAAUUGAGCUGAUAUCGUGUAGUGUGAACCAGGCAUUAGUGUGAUGUCUUUAUAUUGUCAUCUUUUCCAGGCACGUUGCUGCAGGUGUUUACAUAAUGUAGCCUACACUGUUAAAUGAAGCUAUAUGCUAACGUUACGGGAACAUGUUGUGAAUUUCUCCCUGAUUUUGGAUCAUAGUCCAGCUAGGACAUGUCAGAUUGUGUUUAGAGGCUUUUAUUGGUGAUUUUUUUUUACUGUAAAAAGAGACGCUGUUUUCCGUCACAGUCAUGAGAAACACCAAGAAACAUUGACCAAUCAGAGCAAACUGUUCUUUUUUUUCUUAAAGAGACAGGAGCUAAAACAAAGACAGAGGGAGAAUAUAGGAGUUCCAGCAAAGAUAGCAUGAGAAAAAUGAAGUGUUUUAUUAGAUUAAAGCAUGUAAACAUGUUGUAGUAGAAAGCUUAAAAACAAGAAUGACCCUGAAAAUGAGCAAAAUAGAUCCUCUUUAAACACACACACACACACACACACACACACACACACACACACAACCUCACCAAUUUAUACUUGAAUCAUUCAUCAUUUGUGUUACAGAAAGUACAUAGUUUCUGAUCAUGUUAUUAAAGAAUAACCUAACCCUUCUAUUAAUGUUGUCUUUGCUAACCUCCAGUGGUUUACCUUCUCAGCUCUCUACAUGUACAGGUGUGCUCCACAACACUGUCACAUUACUGCCGGGUGCAGUUCCAGCUGUGGUAAAGGCAGUAUAGGCAAAUACUAAGGGUGCCAUCAUCCAAAGGGGGUGCCACAAAUGAGGGAAGAAAAAAAAAUCAGAAUUUUUAUCUUUUUUUAUCUUUUCAUCUUUUAUCUAUUUUUUACUCAUAUUACUACUUUUUUAUUUAACAUCAGGUGAAACCUAAAACACUACAUGAAAACAAAAAAAACAUUAAAUCCGUGUUGAAAUCAGCAGGAGGAGAGCUAGUUAUCAUUCAGUCUUGUAAAAUCUAGCUUUUGGUGAGAAACUUGAAUAAAUCCAGCUGUUUGAUGGAAGAAAUUGUUGAUGUUUUCACAGCACUAUCGAAUAGCUGUUAGAGAGGGAACUGUGAUAUAUCAUAUAAAAUACAAAGGCUUUUUGCUUAUUUUUUUGAAGAUGUUUUUUGUGUGAAAGAAGGUUAUGUUAAAGGUUGUUUUAUGGAUGUGUAUUAUUGAAUUUGUGCUCAUUCAAAGGUAGCAUAAUAAAGGAAUGAAUUACUUUAAAACGUACAACAAAAACCAAAAGAAACAAGAAUAUGAAAACAUCGGUAUCUGCUAUUGGCCAAAUUAUUAUUUUAAACAUUGGCCCAUUUUGAAAUUGGUGCAUCGCUAGUUCAAGAAAGUUAAUUUGUAUAUUUUAUUAUUAUUUUACAAUGUCAUAUAUGAUUUUAUUGUUCAUUCUGCUGAACUACUUAAUUAAAAUAAAUUUU